UCUUUCAAAUGAAGGGCACCUAACUUUCGAAGAGGAGUUUUUAUAAAUGAUGGAAACCAUGCACAUCAAGGACUUGUACCGAAAGACUUUCUCAGGAUCUUUCUUAACUAGAGUAAUUUUUUCUGAUGCUCUGGUGUCAGAAUCACAUUGCAAGAUAUCUAAGAAAAACUUGUAUUAGUAGUGAUCUUUUUCAAUGGAAGAUUUUUCACGGCAACAGAUUCUCUUCCGGCAUAUAGUUGCUGCAGUUGGGGCCAUAAGCGCUGAAGUUACUCUUACCUGUCCUCUUGAUAUGCUCAAGACCAUCAUUCAGAACAGAUAUAGGAAGCUGAAAUAGCAAGCUGAAGCCAAGAUUUUGGACCUCACCCUUCAAGAUGUGAUCUUUCAACUCCAAACGUGACUCCUCUGUGAUGCUUUGCCCUAGGCAUCUCGCAAGUAGCAAAGAGACCCUUCAAAAUGGAGGCAUUUUGACUCACCAACCCCACGUGCUGGAGUGUAAUAUCAACUAUUGGCAAAUGGUACAGCCAGCAAAUGGAGUUCAAAGUGAGUGCAGGUAGGGAACAACAGAGGGAUAUUUUUUCAAUUGCGGCCAGAAUUAGAUCAACAUUUGGUUUGUCAGGUUUUUAUGGUGGGCUUGGGUGGAUGGCUCUUGGAAGAGUUCCUGCUUUGGGAGUACGCUUUGGGACAUACGAACUAUUAACAGCAUUUUACAAAGAUGGUCGGGAGGAGAAGUAUGUAUAUGCACAUGAGGCCUUUCUUGCAGGUUUUGCUGCUGGCGCAUUGGAAUCUUUUGUUGUUACACCUUUUGACUUAUUUAAAGUACGCUCGCAGGCUUCAACUUUUACAAGGGCUUUGUCUAUAGAUCAUAUCCUUCCACUCCCACAAACACCUUUGAUUGUUUCAAAACUGCUACCUGGUUUCUCACCUGAUAAAAGACAGUGGGAGCGGAUAUCUCGAUUUCUUUCAGCAUUACCUAAUACGCAUCCCAAGAUGAUUAGUGCACUCCAAGAGUAUCCAUGGUUAAUUACUGGUUCUGGGCAGUCUCCACUUGUGAGGGAUGUAAAGGGGCCCAUGGCUUCCAUAUACCUGGAGGGUUGGAGGGUGUUGUGGAGAGGCCUUCGGCCAAGCAUUUUUCGGGAUGCUUUCUUUGGUGGAUUUUUCUUCUUAAGUUGGCAGUCCCUUAAUGAUCUUAUGCUGGACCGGAAAGCAUUUCAGAUGAAUCUACCCCCAGAAUCUAUUGAUGAGACAGGUCCAUUAUCUCCUCUGGAGCUAAGUAUAACAGCUGGACUUUCAGGUUCAGUAGCUGCUCUUGCAUCUCAUUCUUAUGACACGGCUAAAAGUCAAUCUCAAUCUAUUGUUACACCAAAGUAUAUAUCAAUGGAACGGAAACUUUACAAGUGGAAGAAACCAGGAAGUUGGUAUGAAAGGUUUGCAGGCAUCAGUCCUUUUGAUAGAAGGUUCUUAUCUCAUGGGCGUUGGAUUCGGGCAGCCCAAAGUGGAAUAUCGUGUUUUGCACUAGGCACAAGUAGCGCGAGUGCGGGGCUGUGCAAUUCGGGAUCUAGUAGUGCAACUGGAGACAAGGGAAAGGUUGUGUAUGGAAAUAUUGAAAACAUACCCCCUCUACCGAAGACAUACAUCAAGAGUCCUCCAAAGCUGAAGAGAAAACGUGGAGAUGAAAUCCUUCAGAGCCGAGCGGUGUGGUGAAGAGGAUCAAUUUUGAUGAUCCAUCGAUAUCUUAGGAUGUUAUAGAUAGUUUUGGGAUGCUUACAUGUCUAGUUGGCAUGUAUAUUUUGUAUAGGAACAUACAUUCACAUAUAUAGACAUACAUUUUGUUUGAGUUGGCAUUUAUGUCAUAUUUGU